CGACCGUUUUAGCCAAAAUCAGAAAACUAAUCUCUAUAUGCUAACCUGCACCACAAACAAUGGCUGUCACCAGCACUGCAACGACAACCUGGCUUAUAAGAGGAGCAUUUCGUGCUUUAGCACCAUCUCACCCUCUUCACAGAAACACCGCCCUCUCUUUUUAUAGAAAACCUUCCUCUCUUCUUCCUCACAUCACUCCUUUGAGAAACUCAGAUAUUGUACAAGAAGUUUUCCUUCAAUCCAAUUCUAGUGUGAUAAUCAAUAACCCAUUUAUAGCCCUCGGGAUAUGUCACUUGGCACAAGCUAUGAAGGGGGACGUCAAUGAUUUACUCAAGGGUAUAGGAGACAGAAGUAUCGUUGAAGAAGUUAAGCAUAUCCUUGACAUGGCUAAAAGAGCAUCAUCAAGAAGGGAAGUACUCCAUACAGAUUUUCUCACCCCACCAACAUUGAAGGAGUCAAUACGUCUAUUGGAAAAACUAGCUGACAUUAAAGUAGUUGCUCAGGGAGGAUACCCGCAGGCUGAGCGUUGCAGGCUUUCUGUUGGUCAUCCAGACACGCUGACAAAUGAUCCAGAUAUAAUUGCAGCAUUGAGUAUUACAGGUAACUUUGCAUUCCAAACCUGUUCUCAUGGUGACUUCCUUGGUGCAAUUUUAGGUGCGGGGAUCUCCAGAGAAAAGGUUGGGGAUAUAAUCUUGCAGGGCGACAAAGGGGCUCAAAUCCUUCUUGUUCCAGAACUUGUCGACUUUAUCAUGUCAUCACUGGACAAGGUUAGUAAUGUUUCAGUUUCUUGUGCAAGGAUACCGUUGCUUGCUCUUGAAUAUGAACCGCCAAGGACUAAUACAUUUAAAACAGUAGAAACGUCACUCAGGGUUGAUGCUCUAGCUAGCGCUGGAUUCAAGAUUUCACGAUCGAAAUUAGUUGAUUUGAUUAGUAACAAGGACGUGCGCGUGAAUUGGACGACCAUCACAAAAAAUAAUACUACACUGAAAACUGGAGAUAUUGUUUCAGUCAGUGGGAAAGGCAGAUUAAAGAUAGGAGAAAUAAAUUCUACGAAGAAAGGAAAAUUUGCAGUUGAGCUUAUUCGUUUUCUGUGACUGAUACGAGGUGGCAAUUCAAGGGCAUUGGUUUACUCUGUUGCAGGGAACUCCCGGAGGGCAUUUUUUAUUGCACCCGCCACAAUUAUUUGCAUCAUAAGCAACACUAAUACAGCUUCCAUGGCAGCAACGCUCUCCAAAUUUGCACUUGCUACCGCACUCGCCACAGUUGUUCUGAUCUCCAAGAACGUUCCGGCAAUGGCUCUUGCAGCAGUAGAGUAAGCUUGUGCCAUUGUUUGCAUACACUCCAUUACAUAUAUUGGAACUUAACGCAUUGCAACGCGUACCUUUUCUUAUAACUCUUGCCAAGAAACUACUUCUUGACCUAAAAUUAGGCAACGGGGUAUCAAGAAUGUACUCUUCAUCGUCUUCACUUUCGGCUGCGAGGGAUUUUUGAGUAUGAAAUGAUACUAGCAGUAGUAAAAGGACAGAGAGAAUGGUUGUGAGUUUGAGUAGAGAAGGAGCCAUUCUCUUUUCUCUUUCUCUAUCAAAUUGAAAUUUGUCUAUAGAAGUGUACAGCAAGAGAGGUGCUUGGAGGGUAUUUUAAGCUGAAAGUUUGUGAUAAAAAUAUUCCAUAAUGUAAGGGAAAAGAAAUGCUGUCUUAAGUUUUUAAGAAGAGGGUUGAUUAAAUUGUUAAUUAAUUCAUGAAUUUAAGCAUUAAUUCUUA